GUCUCUGUCAUUGGUCCAGUGUUGUGUCCCGGUGGGCGGUAAAGGUGUGGCCUCUCACUCCUGCAGUAGUGCGCUCUCAUGGGAAUAAACACGCAGAAAGGGACCGUUGCGCACGACCACUAUGGCAUGUUUUUCGGCGUGGACACCAAUGUGAAGGAAGAUGAAAAGUUUUUUGAACUUUUGGCAACGUUUCCUCGAGGUUUAGUUAUUGGGCCGGAUACGUGGUGUCCUCAUUGGACUAUAAAUAACUCCACGAGGAGCGCACUAUGAGGUCAGUGUGCUGUGGUCUGUCUCACUGAAGAAGCUUUCUCUGCAAACAGGUGGAUUACAGAUAUUUUGGAAGGACGAGCAAGACGUCCUACAGGUCAAAGACAAAACAGCUGAUGUGAGAGGUGCAUGUCCACUCAGUGUCCCACCUGUUCCUCUAGAGCUCAGCUAGCCAGCGUCCAGCUUUAAAGACCUCUACUGUACACCAGCAGUGUCACGGAGGCUGCCUGACACAGAUAUGAAGAUAGAAAUAGCAACGGGGGAACAGUCUGCCAGUUGCAUAGACGGGAGGUGACUUGCACACACAAACACACAUAAACAAGAGAUAGAUAGAUAGACAGAUACACAGAGAUUCAACAAAAACAGGUUUUGUUCUGUGUUUUAUUAAAUUGCUCAGGAGGAUCAUGAUCGUGCAAAUACCACAGAGAACCGAAUGUGCACAAACCUCGGGCUGUUUUCAGUUAAUGCAAGACAGCUCGUCAAGAAUUUAUGAUGUCAAGAAAGUUGUGCGGAGGUCUCAGUGGCUGUCGCUGUGGAUCACUUAGUAGCUGAGUUGCCAACAACAUGUGGAGACUGAAAGACGGUGAUGUAAUAUAACCCUGGACAUGAUGAGCUGUUCCUGGAAAGUUGCUGUUUCGCCACCGAUGCUUAUCUCUUUUGACUACUGAACCACAAGACAUCCUGUUGCAUGUUCAGCAUAAUCUGGAAAAAAAAAAAAAAAAGAACAAUGUGUGUGCACGCUGUAGCGUUUUCCUGUGGAGUUUCCUCAAUGUGUUUUCCAUUCGCUUACUGCAGCGAGGGCCUUCGGUCACUGCAGAGCGACUGAAGGGUUGGGGUCCAUUACUUUUCACACAACACUCUCCAUUGUUCCUCUCCCAAGUCCAGCCACAGGGCAUUGUGGGAAGAAUAGGAGGACAGGGCUGGGGGUGGAGGAGGGAGGGGAUAUGUCAGAUUUCUCUAGAGAGGAUGGAGCGUUCGCUGCUUCCUGUUUUGCGCCGUACGCCUGUGAAAGCUCUUCCUGUUCAGAGAAGAAGGUAUCUGAGGCCUCAGCAUGCCAGUCCCCCCUCCUCCCCCUCCGCCUCCCAUGGCUCCCCCUCCACCACCGCCGCCAAGCGCUCCCCUACCCCAGUGUCCGUCGGAGCCUCCUAAGCUCCAGUCUGGAGGAGGAGGUGGAGGAGGUGGAAGGAAUGCCCUGCUGGCCGACAUCCAGAAAGGAGCCAGACUCAAGAAAGUCACACAGGUCAACGACCGCAGUGCCCCCGACGUCGAUAAUCCCAAGGCUAGCGCUGGAGAUGCAUCCAGCAGUGUUGGGGCUUCUCAGGGCUCAUCAGGAGGGAUGGCACCCAUGGGACCCUCUCUGAGUGGGCUCUUUGCUGGAGGGUUCCCCGCUCUCAGACCGAUUGGACAAAGAGACUUAGCAGGAAAGACCCCAGUGUCGCGGUCGAGCUCCUCGGCCUCCCUGAAGCCUCUGUGGAACGCCCCGUCGCCAGCGGACACAAGCAGCUUCUCUGAGCCUCACAGGACGGCGGAGCUCCUCCGCUCCAUCCACCGUCCGCUCGCUCCUUCCUCCUCCGCUCCUCCCUCCCCCUCUCACGGCAGCAAGCACCCACCUUCUUUCCCCGCUUCCUCUCCCCCUCCGCCUCCACCCACCCCUCCCUCUGCUCCUCCCCCGCCUCCCCCACCUCAAGCCUUCCAGGACCGACCCGCCAACAGGCCUCCGCCUCUCCCCUCCUGCCCUCCUCCUCCUCCUCCAUCCCACAUCACCAAACCCACCUGGCUCCCCAUCCAGCACUCAUACCACACCACCAUCUCCCAGUCCUCUACACCUCCUCCUCCUCCACCAGCAGGGGACCGCUCCUCGGGGUACUUCUACCCGCCGCCCCCCUCCCCAGUCCACCCCGAACCUUCGAGGUUCCCCAUCCUGCGGGACAGCCCACUGGGACCUCCUCCCCCACCUCCUGCUCCCCCUCUCCCAGCUUGUUUCACCCCCACCUGCCCAACCGACCUCCCCCCUCCACCUCCCAAGUUGGCCGCAGUGCCCUCCCCGACCAUGCGCUCUCUGCCUCCCUCGUACCCCUGCAACGCUCCCACCCGACGGCCGCCUGCUGUGCCCAGAAGUGCAGGUGUGGGUCGGAUGGCUCCUCCUCCAGCUCCCCCGGCUCGUUCCCCCUCUACCGAGCUGUCCAGCCGCAUUCCUCCCCCUCCUCCACCACCUCCCCUGCCUCCGUCAAGUCUCAGGAAUGGACACCUGUAUAGCCUGGCAGACAAUUUUGAAUCCAAGUUCCAGUUCCACCCCGUAGAGGACUUCCCCCCUCCCGAAGAAUUCAAGCCUUUCCCUCGGAUCUACCCCAGCAAAGAAAACAGAGUGAACCCCAAACCACCUGCUAUUAUGACACACCUCAGAUGAGUCCAGGCCUCGCCCUGUUCUUCAUCCCCCCCAAACUCGGCCCUCCUCCUCCUCCUCCUCCUCCUCAUGACAAUAACAUAACUGUCAUGGGCUUAUUUGGUUGCAUGCUCUGAGUGUGUGUUGUUUGUUGUCUAGUGUAUUUGUGUAUGUGAGUGUCAAACAGGGUCCCGCCUUAUUCUGACUAUGUGACCUCUGACCUCUUCCAGUGUGGAAUGUUUUGAAUGUGUGUGAGGAGGAGGGCUCUCCCUACUCAUACUCAUAAGUUACAUACAGACUCUACACACACACAGUAUAUACAGUGUCUUCCAGCAGCUAUAUUUAACAUGGAUCUUGACACUGUUUUUAAGCAUUUCAGUAUCUACAUACAGAAUAGAAUAUUUUGAUUUGAUGUCAUGAUCUGUCCCUUUAAGCAGUAGUGCUUUUAGAGUCUGCAUUUGACCUAGAAACAUUCUUGAACACACAGAUAGUAAAGCUCUUUUAUAAAAGCAAACUGUGGCCUACUGUACAAGAAGAAGUUCCUUGUACAAAUGUCCUUCAACGAUAUUCUCCCUACACCUUUUUUUAAAACAUUCGAGCAGGACAAUCCUCUCAAGAUGUCAUCUGUUUUCCCUUAAUAGUGGGAGACUAUGUAAACUUCAUUUUCAACUCAAUGUGAAAAAACUUGCAGGUGAAUACUUGGAUAUGUUAACCUUGAGGGUUCAUAAAUCCUUGUACAUACUGUAUAGUGGUGCUCUCAUGUGUUUAUGUCAUUAUUUUUAUAAACGCAUCCAUAAAAGUGUAGAAGAGAAUAUACUGUCUACUGCUUUUAUAAUCAUGGGAAUGCAUGUGUUUUAAGUUACACUGAGGUGUCAUGAAUAGAUAAUGAGGUUUAGUGUUUCCUUUCUCCCUGUAUUAACCAACACUAACACCUGUCAAAACAGUGCCACCUGCUGGUUCAAUGUGUAAAGUGUUACCACCAAAUAAACCACAGUAUUUUGUUUAAAAA